AUGGCCGACGAGCGCGACGUGUACCGCGCCGCCGCCGAUGAUCGAGACGCUCCUCUCCGCGACGAAGACCCCGGCCGCGCGAAACCGCCCAAGUCCCCGCCGCCCCAACCCUACCACACCGCCACCGCUCUAUCGUCCCUCGAAAGCCGCCUCGAGGAAUCCGAAGCCCGUCGUAUCGACUCCGAGGCACGUGUUCAGCAAUUGGAGAAGUUGGUGGAGGGUUUAUUGAAAAGCUCACCUGAACCAGCUGCGGCGCGGGCCGGAGUCUCUGAACCAGCUGUGGCGAGGGCUGGAUUCUCUGAACCAGCCGCAGCGCGGGCUGGGGAGUUUACGUUUACGCCGGUGAGAUCGGUCCCCUUGGACGUUCCCCCACACACCAUUCUGGAACGUUCAGGCAAUACCGCUGACCCCCUUGUUCGUUCCCCUGGGGGGGAAUCUCACAGCGCACGAAGGGACGGCCCUUCCUCGGCAGUAAUCAGCUCUCGUUGGAGAGGGACGUUACCUGACCGGGAAGGGCUAUGGACAGGGGAUAACCCGGAUCGGUUGGUCACUUUCACUACAUUUGGGAAGUCGUACUUGUCUCUACUUUGCGACAUUUCCACCAGCGACCUUUUUACCAGCGACCGCGUCAUCCAGCUUGUGGCGACCUUGUUCGUUCGUUCCACUUCUCCCAAGCGCCGUCAGUCUCCGCACGACUGGGCCGUUGAUACUAUGACGGACGCGCUCCGGGACGAACGACCUCACUGCUGGACGACACUGAUGACAGAAGUUGGACGUCGUUGGCCGGAUCCUGGCUUUGCCGACCGAGUGUCCCACGACUUCUACGGGUGCCGACAGUCUUCGUCUCGAGCCUACGACCAUGUGGGCGAAUGGCGUGCCCGCUACCGAGCGUUUAUGCACAACGACCCCAGCUUCAGCCUCUCGCCCCUUCAACUCGCCACAACCUUUUAUCAAUCGUUGAGUGAUGUGGCUAAGCGGGAAGUGCGGGCUGGUAUGCUGCGGGAAUAUCGGGAUAACUCACUCGUGACUAUAGGGAGGUUCGGACGAACUGUCCCGUCCCUCGAGGAGGUUACCGACUGGGCCGCCAUCGCCGACGACACCGGCACGACAUCAGUUUCGACCCCGCCGAUUCGUACUGCGACUUAUGGAGCAAUUGCGAAAAUGCCACGCACCGCCCCAUCCACGCCAAACGACGACGCACGUACCCAGAUCUGUCGAGCUCGAUGGAUGAACCGCGCCGGUAAAUGGCAACAGGCCCACCUGUGGAAGGAUCGGAACACGUGGUUUUCGCCAGCAUCGGGUGGGGUACCCGCCAGCAUGGCGUGUUUUAAUUGCGGUCAAGGUGGCCAUUUCUCACAGCAUUGUACAGCGGAGCGACAAUCCCCCUCGACCGUCCAAAUAUCAGCAAUUGCCUUUGCCGACAUGGACGAGGACGAAUGGUCGUCGGCCUCAGGUGACGUUGAGGACCCCCAGGUGCGAUUCCCCCUUCCCCUCGAGACUGAUUUGACUCGACCGUCGAGUUCCGCAUCCGCCUUAGUGACGCACCACUCUUGCCCUCCUGCAGACCUUGUUGGCCGAGUGAAAGACGUUGCCUCUUCUUCUUUUGAAGUUCAGACCUCAUCAAGUAGUUCGCAUCCAACCGUGCCGGCAAAUGAUGCAGAUCAACAUCGUCUCGACGAUAGCCUGGCUGACAUCGCGAGUGACGCGGUGGAAGAUGUCUUGUACUACGCUGAUGCCGCGUCGCGCUUGUGUCAUUAUCCGGGGCCGGAAGUGGUGUCAUCUCGCAAGGCGGAAAGGACUGCUUCGGUGAGCUCUUUCCAGAUUCUUGUGCCGUCGGGUGUGUCUCUCUUGGCGUCCGCUGCGCCCCUGAUCGACAUCGACGAACCCGACCGACCUGUCGAGCCCGCCAUUGUACGCGCCCGCAACGUCAUCGCGUGGACGCUACCUUCUGGAAGGGUUUUGCGAUGUUUGAUCGACUCGGGAUCAGAGGUCGACUUGGUGGAUCAGGAGGUGGUGCGAGUCGUGUGA